GGGUCACCAGGUGCAAAGGAGAGCAGGGCUUCUGUACAUUACCAGUAGCUUAAUAUAUGGCAUUUGCUAGGUGGUUGGUAUGUAGGGAUGAGGAAAGACACCAUCCCUUUUGUGAGAAUUGUAUCUGGCCAUCCUAAACUAUAGUAGGGAACAUUUUACACACAUGAUUUUGCUUCUGUGGGAGUGGAAAAGGCGGGCUCGAGAUCACUUAUAGUUUUCACGGCUUGCAAUGAAUUACUGGGUUAAGCGCAAGGUUCACUGUUCGGAACCUAAUACAGUACGAAGCAAUGCAAAGGAACCCCCACAGCUGGUCACCUCUACAGUCUAGACCUCUCAUUCCCGCACUCUCUAUGGUACUGGCCAAGUGACACCACGUGCCCUCCAGCAGCCAAUUGAAAUUGAAGACACCAUAGAGUUACUAAUAAGGGUUAAUAUCGGAGCUCCCGCGCGUUGCAGGCCCUGUUCCGGUAAUGUGAUCUCGCCAUAGCCACAAAACCUUCACGAAAAGAAAGGUCAAACUAGCAAAUAGCUCCGUGUAUACCUUUACCGCUCCACGCUUUAUGUUCUGGCUGGCCUGCGGGAGGCAGACGUUCUUACCUCGCAUGGGCUCGCAGCACAGCUAUGCCGAAUACGAAGGACCAGCCGCCAUCUUGGUAAAGGAAAGGGAUUGUGCGUGACCCGCCAAGAUAAAGGGGGAAACUCCUCCCCCCAUCCUUGCCCUCGGGUAUCACUAUAGCAACUGGGGGAGGCGGGGCUGAGCGAGCCAGUAUUGGCUGAGUCGCGCACGCGCCUUUGUUACUACCCCCCCCCCCAUGCCUUUGUCGCGUGCGAAGGCUGGGCCGCGGGGCGGGGGCGCUUUUCGCGAAGAGGCUUGUCUUUGCCUCACGCUGCGGAUGGAGACGGGUUAAGGACACAGGCCGCGGGAGGGGGUGGGAAGGCGCCAGCGCGCAUGCGCCGCGGAACUCCGUGAAGCGGUUGGGCGGGUUCGAAGAUUUGCGGCGGCGGUUUAGCAAGCGAGGACGGGGCGCGGCUGCCAGGUGAGGCGUUGCCCGUGAGGAGGUUCUCUCUGGGGCUGGGCAACCGCGGGGGAUGGUGGCCACGGGCUCUUUCCCUCGGCGCGCGCCCGCGUGCGUUCGUGCGGCCCGCUGGGAGCCGCUGUCUGUCUCUCUGUGAGGCGAGGGGGGAAACCUCGCUUUUCAGGCGAGAAAGACCCCGCCCCGCCCCCCCGGCCGUCCCUCGCUCUGGUUUCAGCCUCUUCGCUGCCUCCCGGGCGGCAUUUUCGCCACGAAAUGCAGGGCAGCGGAUGGGAGUAGGAAACAGCGGGCUGGAAGGAAAUGGGGAAAGGGGUGUGUGGGGAGGAAAGGGGUUGCGACUGACGCCGCCAAAAAGGCAGAUGGUUCAGCAAGUUUAGCUGACUGCAAACGUGACUUAUCCACGAAAACGCAUCGGGGAAGGGGGCCCUCAAAAACACUUGCGAUCACUGUGUUGUAAGGGGGGUGUAGACUAGACUAGAUGGCCCUCCGGCGCCCCUUCCCACGCUACGAUUCUAUGAGACAGUCAAGCACGGGAUGGCGAGGGAGGAAAAUCGCUUGUGAAUUGGGAAGGGUUCAUUACUCCGGUGGGUGUUUCUCCUCCAAAAGAGGCGGGCGGGGGGGGGCCCGCCUUGCCCUCGAAAGUGGAGGAUUUCAAAAAUGCCAUUGCGGAGAAGAACAGCACAGCUGUCUUCGCUCUGUAUAGCGACAGAUUUCCGGUUGGAGGUUGGGGAUGUGUCGUGUGUGCUGAAAGAGCAGGAGUGACGUGCUGGGUGGGCCUUCUAGGGGGCAGUUUGCAGAGGAUGUGCGAUUGUCGCUUACGGAGUGGGAGUCUUGAUUACGUUCUCCCGACUCCUGCAUCUAUUUGGAUAACUUCCUCAGCGCUUACGCUGCAAAGCUGAAUUACGAGCGAAAUGAAAAUUCUCCCCCAACAAUAGUUAUCUACUUGUGCAUGUAUGAGCUGUAGGGGCAAAACCUUUGUAGGUUGAGGACAUGCUGGGUGGAAAGCUCUCAGGGGGCCCACAUUCCAGUCGUGGGCGGGUUCAGCUCCAUACAUAAUUCUGAUGUCCACAGAGAGCUAUUUCCUAUUGAAACAGGCAUAUGCAGUAUUUAAUUAUUAGGAAUUCCACUCGGAUUUCGCACCCCUAUUCUGCAGGAUAUUAUUGAUGUCGGUGCUUACGUCACAACCUCAAAAUAUGUUCCCAGAAUUACACUCAAGCAUGUAGAUAUUACUUUAUUAAAAUACUUUUCCCAUUUGAUCAUUUUCUUUUAUUAUAAAAGAUGUCAGUUUGGCUGUUGCUAAUAAUUUACCCAUUCAUAUAUGUUUGGUAUUUAUGUUACUUCCAGCAUUUAUCAUAUCAUGACCUAGUGGUUACUAUCUAGCUAGUCAAUUCUUGAAAGAUGAUUUUUGUGGAGGUUAAAAGAGAGAACAUACUACCUUCUCAGUUAAGGUUUUUAUUUCCCCCCAGUACUGUUUUAGUAAAGGGUCAUGUACUAACCACAUGGUUGACAUCUCUUCAGUUUUUGUCAUUUUACCAAAGUCUCUUUCACUAGCUCCUUUUCACAGAAAUUUAAUAAGAUUUUAUCAAUUUUAAACAACAAUUUUCUGUGGGUUUUUUUUUCUUUCAAAUUUUGUGUAAUCUCUCAAACGCCUGUUUUUAAAUAUCUCAGAUUAAAACUGAUCUCUCCCCCCAGAUUCUUCACUUCCAUAAACAUGUCCAAGGUAAGAUGUGCCUUUGCUCAUAAUUAUUUUGAUGGUUUGUUCUUUGCAGGCAGUAAACACUUAUUUGAUACUGGUGUGCUAAAUUAACUAAUGAAGGAAUAUAAUCACAUUGCUUUUAUGCUCUCCAAAAAAUCUCCAUGUUAGGUGAUGGAUUGGAUGGAUUUUUUAAAACUACUUCUACCUCUAUGGAAAUAAGAAGAGUCGUGUUUUCUCCCGCAGUCUUUUUACGAUGUCACUUAGCACUAUUUCUGUUUAUUAUUUUUUGAUUAUUAUUACCAAUACUUAAAUGUCACUUUUCACCAUAAAUUGUCUCAAAGCAGGUUACAGAACAAUAAAUAAAAUCAGUGGAUAAAUCAAAUAAUAUGCUGCUUAAAAGUAUAGAAACCACAGGUACACAGAAAAUAGGCCUAAUAAAAUUUACUUUAAAGCCUUUAUCAAGCACCUGAAUUUCAACAGGGAGGGUGCCUGUCUGAUCUUAGCCAAGGUGAAGUUGCGCAGAACUGAUUGCACAGCUCCUGGUGGACAUGAGCUGCGCAUCUGAGCCAUGUGGGGGUCAACAAACAAAGCAUCCCUCAAAGAUCUCUGUGUUCAAACUGAGAUAAAAACAAUCAGGCACUCCUUAAGGUAUCUUAGACCAAAAAUCAGUGUAUAUUUGUACAAUAACCUUUAACUUGGCCUGGUAACAUCGGCAGUCAAUGCUGGAUUUUAAGCACUCAGGUUAUGUGCUGCCAGUAGUCUUUCCCUACCAAAAGUCUAGCUGCGUAACUUUACACCUGGAGCUUCCAGACCAAGCACAAAGGUAGCACCACGUAGACUGCAUUUGCAAUAAUCAAGUCUUGAAGUUACCAAUGCAUGAAUUGUCAUGGCCAGGCUAUCCCUAUCCAAUAAUGACCAUAGUUUGCAUACCAUCUGUAGCUGGUAAAAGGCUCUCCUAGGCACUGAAACUGCCUAAGCCUCAAGUGAGAAAGAUGGAUUCAGGAGCAUCCACAAACUACAAACCUGUUCUUUCAGUCUGAGUGCAACCGCAGCCAGAGGAAGCAACUGGCCAUUUUCCCAGACGGGAACUACUCACUCACAGUGACUCCGAUGACUGGGGUUCAGACUCAGUUUAUGUUCAGCCUCUCCUAACUCAGAAGUUAUGGAAAAAUAGAGCUACAUGUCACCAGUGUACUGAUUAUGCUUUGCCCCAGAGCUCGUAAUAGCUGCUUCUAACAGCAGCAUAUUGGCAACAAGAUUGUGACCUGCAGUACACAAUAGCACAAGGAUCAUGGGACUGAAACGAAUCCCCCAGUGUUAUUCUCUGGGUACAGCCCUACAGGUAGGAAUAGAACCACUAAAAAAGUGCCCCUAAAACUAUCCAACAGAGCUAGUCUAGGAAGAUACUGUAGCCAACAGUAUAAAAAACUGCUGAGAGCCCUAGAAGCAGGAACAGAUGCACUCACUCUGUCCUGUGUCUGGGCCAAACACUCCUCCCUCCUUUUUGGUUGAAAAUCCUGGCUAUGUCAGGGUUGGGAAUCAGAGGCGUACCUAGGGGCUAGCAAAACCCACCCCUUGUCGGGAGCGCAGAAAUAGGAUAUUGGAUUAUGGAGUGCAUGACGUAUAUGUGUGUGUGACAAUGUGACGCUGCUGUCAUGGUGAGAUCAAAUGCAGGAAAAGCUUCCUGUCCUCUGCAGUAAAGUGAUAUUUCGGGGUGGGGGAGGGGAGGUGCCAACACAGCUCCUUACCAAGGGUGCAAGGAAGCCUAGGUACACCUGUGUUGGGAAUUCUGUCUUAAAACAAGCCAGAGUUUGUUAAUGGCAAAGAGGGGCAAGGGGAAGGGUUUCAGUCCUGAUACUUAUUUCUGUUGUAAUAAACUGUGGUGUAAGAAGCCUGGAAUGAUUUUUUUGAGCCAGACCAGACUCCACAAUUGAAGUCAAGAGGAAGGAACGAUCAAAGGAGGUGUAGAGGGUAGAGCAGGUAGCUUGUCCAUGAACAAUUUUUCCACCUCAAAAUAGCAGAUUGUAAUAGUAUUUAAACUAAUAAUCUGUAAUUUACAUUCUUUUCUUUUCAGCAACAGCCUGCUGAAAAGUUUACAAAUCCAGAAACUCCUGGUUAUGUUGGAUUUGCAAACCUUCCAAACCAGGUUCAUCGGAAGUCUGUGAAAAAAGGCUUUGAGUUCACCCUUAUGGUGGUUGGUAAGAUCACUUUUUAUUUUAAUAAAUUAAAGUAGAAUUUAGUAAUUAUUCAUAACUUUGUUCUUGAAGAUCCUGUAUAGACAUUAUAUCUGAAGUAAUCAUUAUUCACAAGAACUAGCAGGUAUAAAUCUGAACCUAUUAAAGAAUCUGUAACUCAGUUAUAGAAUAGCGGGCCAGCUUCCAUUGCUGAAAUCUUUUUUAAGGUUCUCUGAUAGCAGGAUUCGGAAAUGCCUCUUGGGAAGUAAAAUUAGGGAAUCAGGAAAGUUGAUCAUGCAACUUCUGGGUAACCCAUUCAAUGCUCUAGCACAUGAAAGAAUAAACGGUUAAUGUGGGAUUUCAGAUAAAAUUGUCCAAACACUUGUAAAGAUUAUUAUAGUGAUGCUAACCUGCAAUACAAAUUAGAUCCGUGCCACCAUCUGAAACAAUGCUGCCUUCCAUUCCAAGACCUUCCUUAAUUAAUUAUUUAAAAGAUUUAUAGCCUGCCCCUCAUUGAUAGUGUUAACAGGGCAGGAUAACAAGAUAACAUUACACAAAAAAUUGCACACAUAUUUUGCCAUAUGCAAAUUAGUAAUCUCUCUUGCAGGUGGUUUGGAGUUCCCAAAAAUAAGUCUGGGAACACACACAAGUAUUAAGAUGCCUGAUGGGCAGAAUGUCAAGAUGUGAAGCGUUCCCCAUAACUGGGUUUCUCCCAGAAAGAGCUUGUUCCUACAUGCAGGGAACACUGAAAAUUAUUGUCACAAUUCUAACUUAUUUAGAAGGUGUGCUUUGUAAGCCUGAAGAAUAUUAACUGUUCAUUGACUGUUGCCAAGUUUGGAAUGAAAUAGGUAACAAUGUACAACAGUGAAAGGUCCAACCUUCUGCUGAUUCAUUAAUAUGUAAUACUUUCUUACGGUUUUAUUUUCAUAUUAAUUCAUAGGUGAAUCUGGCUUGGGAAAAUCUACUCUAAUAAACAGCCUGUUCUUAACAGAUCUCUAUCCAGAAAGAAUAAUCCCAGGAGCAGCUGGUAAACAUGAAAUUUUGGUGUCUUCUGUUUUUGAAUUUUAUUAAACAGUUAACUUGUGUGAGCCAGGAUUGAAAAACGGGGGGACUUCCAGUCAUGGGUACUUAAUGCAGUUUUGUACCAGUUAAGUGCCUUGUUCCUUACUCCAUGUGGUCACAAAAAUACACAAAGCUUUUUGCAGACUUCUGAGCAGUUGAAAACAAUUUCAUGAAAGCCACUUGGCUGGUUUGAACAUAAUACAGUGGUACCUCAGGUUACAGACGCUUCAGGUUACAGACUCCGCUAACCCAGAAAUAGUACCUCGGGUAAAUAACUUUGCUUCAGGAUGAGAACAGAAAUCGCGCGGCAGUGGGAGGCCCCAUUAGCUAGAGUGGUACCUCUGGUUAAGAACAGUUUCAGGUUAAGAACAGACCUCCAGAACGAAUUAAGUUCUUAACCUGUGGUACCACUGUAUUAAACUGUAGUUUAGCAUGAAUGAGACAAGGCAGGUCCUGGGCUCAUGUCCUCUUCCUUCCCUCCCUCUCUGGUGCAGCAUCAAAGAACUUAGAAUUUUUCUUUCAGCGUAGUUUAAAUUCAGCACAGUUUAGGGUUGAGGCAUAACACUAAAUUGAAUUUUAUCUAAAACAACCCCAAUCCCUUCUCAACCACUCUCAAGGGGAUAGGGCAUGAAUCCAAUACUCACUGUGACUCAUCCUCAUAACCUUAUGGUUAAGCUGGACAUGUGAAUAAGACCACUGUUUCUGACACAAUAGUCCUAGAUGCUCUUACUUUUUAUAGUAAAUCCUUUAUAAUUGUUUCCUUUCAUCUGUCCCCUUUUUGAUCUUUAAAAAAUACUGACAAAGUUCAAAAGUCAGAAUGCAAUGCAGUAUUCCUAGUGGGGGAGUUGUUCCCCAUUUCCUAACUAUUUUAGCCUUGAUGAUAGGCCUUGUUUCUUUUGCCGUUCCUUUGUAUCUUGUAGUUUGAGUCUCUUGCUUUUGACACUUGCAUGUAUUUGCUCAACAGAAAACCUUGUUGGGCUCAUAGCAAAUUGUGAUCAAGGCCAUAUAGACUGAUCUGUUUUAGGGUGGGGGAGCAAAUGUCUUUCCUUUUGCCUUGGAGACUUUAAAUUUUUAAAUUCUACAAUAUAACCAAUACAGUGGAACCUUAUGUUAUGUACCAUCCUCCUUGCGAACGUUGUGGGUUAUGAGCCCUGCUAACCCAGAAGUAGAUGCCUCUUGUUGCGAACUUUGCCCCGGGAUGCGAGCAGAAUUCGCAUGGCGGCAGCGGGAGGCGCCAUUAGCAAAAGCGCGCCUCAUGUUAUGAGCAGUUUUGGUUUACAAACGGACCUCUGGAACAGAUUAAGUUCGUAACCGGAGGUACCACUGUGGUUAAAAAUACAGAUUAUUUUGCUGUUUGUGGCUCAGCUGUAGUUUAGCUAGAUACUUAGUUACUGUUAAUUAUUGAUCUUGCUUCAAAGGCUCUUAAUCUUGCCUUCAGCCAUCCUGAGAUUACAUUUUGUUGCCUUUCCAGAGAAAAUUGAAAGGACUGUGCAGAUUGAAGCUUCAACAGUUGAAAUUGAGGAAAGGGGUGUAAAGCUCCGUCUAACUGUGGUAGAUACACCAGGAUACGGUGAUGCCAUCAAUUGUCGAGAUUGGUAUGUUACAUACUUGACCAUAGGUCAAAAAUAUGUAUUCAAAGUUGUUCAGUUCUUGAAUUCAUUAAUUGGCUUGUUGGCAACUUAAUUUCCUUUGAUAUAUUUUGAAUGAAUUGUCACUUGCUGAACUAUUAUUCCUGUAUGUAUUGGUUAGUGUAUUUAGCAUGGGUUUUUCCCCUCCAACCACUUUGUGAUGAAAUCUGGAAAAUGCAGUAUAUAAAUCUACUGACUGAUUAUAUGUAAUAGGUCUGUUUGGGGCAGGCACUGAAAAACUUAAUUGUGAUCAGGACCUCCAUUUUCUCCCACUCCACCAAGUCCUCUUUCAAAACCUGAUUUCAUUCUGUAAGUAAUGUCUUGCAGCCUCACAGUGUAGCAUGCUGUGUUGAGACAGCUUCUACUUCUGUUCUUUAGCAUCUGUUGGCUGGAAAUAUUGUGUUUUUGUUUGUGCUCAUUGCCAAUUCCACAGUUCAGUGUGCAUCUCUUCAUCAUUUCCUAACUUUCUUGGACCUCUGUCAUAUAAGCAUAGGAUUGCAUUUAAGGGUGUUCCUCAGCUGAUGGUAAAUCUUCCCUUCAUGCAACAGAGCAGGAAUCAAUUGCCAGUGCUCCCCUGUCCCCCCUCCCCCCAAAAAAAUCCUCAGGAGGAUGCGUCAGCCCUUUUUCAACCUUACCAUCAACUGAGCAAUACAUUUGGAUACCACCCAAAGUCUUAUAUUUGGUGGAUUUACAUAUUUUGUUUAUAUGUAUCCGCACGCACGUACAUGUGUUCUUUUUUGGAGUGGCUUUAAAGUACUAUUAAGAGCUUCAUUCCUUUUUGAUACUGCUCUUUCUAAAUAAUUGCUUGAUUUGGCAUAAGCAACUAUUGCUCAGCAUUGCAGAAAAGGGAUGUUUACAUAAGUGUGGUGUUUUAUUUAAGUUUCAGGACCAUUAUAUCCUAUAUUGAUGAGCAGUUUGAGCGUUACCUUCAUGAUGAGAGUGGUUUGAACAGACGGCAUAUUGUAGACAAUAGAGUUCACUGCUGCUUCUAUUUCAUUUCACCAUUUGGUCAUGGGUAUGUAUAGCAGUACUUGUAGAUUUGUAGUAAAAAAAUCUUUUAUACAGUGGCCUAAUCUUUAUGCAUAAUAUUAGGUUUUUAUUUUUAAAAAACUCUGUAAAUAACUGAAAAUUCUAACACUAUUAUUUUUAGACUUAAGCCCUUGGAUGUUGAGUUCAUGAAAGCCAUACACAACAAAGUGAAUAUUGUGCCUGUAAUUGCAAAAGCCGAUACUCUUACUCUGAAGGAGCGAGAAAGACUGAAGAAAAGAGUAAGUUUUGGCAAACUUUUCAAAUGCAGUUUUUCGUGUCAUGUUGAAGCUUACUCCAAGGAAAGCUUUAAAUUUCAGUAGCUGCUUGGAGGUCAUGGAGGGAUGCGGGGGGGGGGGGAGCCCUAUUGCACCUCUGCCCAGCUUUAGCAAGUACAGUCUAUGGGUGGACUGCCCCAAGUCUGUAGAGUUCAAGGAGGCUACAGUCUGGUGUAUAAAAUUACAAAACAAUGGUAGAAUAAGUCAAGCACGCAAAGUCAAAGACAUAACAGGGUCAGGCAUGAGUAAUCAGUUGAAGUCCAAAACAUCAUCCAGGGUCAGCAUCAGGAGGAAUCAGGAGUCAUCAGCCAAGGAGAUCUAGUUUAGGCAAGAUAAUUCAGGGAGCUAGAGAUCUGUGCUGUUCCAGCAGUUAGGAAGCUCAAAGUAAGGGUUGUUACAGGCCAGCUGCUGGUCUUUAAGGGUAUCCUUACUCCCAACUUUGGGUUUUACUACAAGGUGACUUAGGGCGCUCAGAAGCACACUUCAUUGUGGGUCUGUGGCCUGGACUUGAAUCUUUAGACACUUGAGCUCUUGAGGACAAAGAUGGCUCAACCUCUCCCUCAAACUCUUCUAAUGGCUCACCUGCUGGUUGAAAUGACAAGAACGCAAAGGGCAUCUCUGCGGGAUCCCCUGGAGAUGGCUCUGGGGAGGCUGUUGGGAUAUCUAAGGCUAGAGACAGUCUUUGGUCAAUGGGAGAUCUAGUUUGUUCUCGAGGGAGUCAUUGGGCCUUCUGGCGGUUCCCUCACUGCGAGAAGUGAGGUUACAGGGAACCAGGCAGAGGGCCUUCUUGGUAGUGGCGCCCGCCCUGUGGAAUGCCCUCCUGUCAGAUGUCAAGGAAAUAAACAACUAUCUGAAUUUUAGAAGACAUCUGAAGGCAGCCCUGUUUCAGGAAGUUUUUAAUGUUUGAAGUUUUGGUAUAAAAAUUAUUAUUAUUAUUAUUAUUAUUAUUAUUACUACUACUACUACUACUACUACUUAUUGUGUGCACUCCAAGUCAGGGCUUGGCGUAGCAGCCUGCAGCCUUUGAGAUUGGCCCAUAUGCCUUUGUUUUUUGUUUAAUUUUGUUUUGUUUUUUGUUUGUUUAUGCUCAGAUUCUAGAUGAAAUUGAAGAACAUAGUAUCAAGAUAUAUCACUUGCCUGAUGCUGAAUCAGAUGAGGAUGAGGACUUUAAAGAACAGACCAGGCUUCUGAAGGUAAAGCCUGUAUCAGUGGUGGAGAAACAGUGAUGCAUUGAAUGGAUCAGAUGCUGUAUGUCCUCCUCUUUAUAGACUGUUCCCAGUUGUCCUCAAGUUGUAAAUGAAACACCUUCAGAUAAGAUUUGUCCUCUAUUGCAGUUCAUCUACACAACUUAUGCUCCUAAGCUCCCAUGUCUAAUAAAGUAAUUGACCACUUCAUUUGAAUGCUUGAGAUGGUGGUUAUUGCUAUGGAACUACUUGCAUAGGAAAGUACCAUAUGGUUGUAACAUACUUGUUUUAUCCUGUUCAAUUUCAGACCAGCAUUCCAUUUUGUGUAGUGGGAUCCAAUCAGCUGAUUGAGGCCAAAGGCAAAAAGGUUAGAGGUCGCCUCUAUCCUUGGGGAGUUGUUGAAGUGGAGAACCCAGAGCAUAAUGACUUCUUAAAGCUACGAACCAUGCUAAUGUAAGCAUGUUACUUUACUUCAUUACUUUAUCCAUUGUUACUUCAUCUUCCCCACAUAAACAUUCAACAAGAACUUUUAAGGAGGAUUAGUAUCUCUCCCUGAUUAUGAACAGGAUUAAAAUAAUUUCAGGGGGCAGAAGUGUUCAGAAUUAUCACUCUCUUUAAACACUAUACCACAUGGCAAUUCUAGAAAUAAUCUUGCCAGAAAUUUUGCUGUUAGAUUUGACUUUUGGCUUGGGCCUUGCACAAGUUAGCUAAUCUUGACAAACGAUAUAAAAGUUGAAACUCCCUAUACUGCAGUGUCAAACAGCCAUAUAGGGAAUGUGCUUUUUAAAGUAUUAGCUGAAUUUACAUAAAUUUGUUUGGCUUGUUUUGCCCUAUCCUUUCUCCUGACUGUUUAGAAAUUGGACCACAAAAGAAAAUGAGCUGAAUAUGUGUUCAUAGGUUAAUUGCAUAGUUUAUGGAAAUGACAUUGAUGUUGUUAUCUUUAGAAUGGUUAUUUUGUCCAGAAUGAACAUUCACCAGUCAGAUUUCUAUAACUUUACAUUGCAUUACUUCUUCUAAAGGUAGUUUUCUGAGAAGGACUGGACAAGGCUGAGGGUAUGACAAUUCCCAAGAUUCUUUGGGUGAGGCCAUGUACUUUAUAGUGUGGAUGCGAUAUUAGCUUUGCUAAUUUGCAUAAACUAUGUUCAGAAUUGUGUGUGAAAAGGUAGCCUUGGUGAUCCAUGGGUAAGACUUCUGCAUCUUGUACAGGUCUGUUGUCCAGGAUGAUUUUCCCCUACAGAACGUAAAAGCACAGUCCUCAGACUCUCCCAACCUUUCCUACUCCCAAACCUUUCCCUCACACUGUAUAUUUUUGCCAGAAUUCCUUCACAUCCAUUCUAGCUCUUGGUCACAAACUAUAUAUAGCAUUGUGCUUCUUUGUUUUUCCAGCACUCACAUGCAGGAUCUCCAGGAAGUUACUCAAGACCUUCACUAUGAAAAUUUCCGUUCCGAAAGACUUAAAAAAGGUGGCAGGUUGGUACCUCUUCUUUGUUUCUGCAGUUCCAUUGAAUUGCAUUGAUGUGUGGUGGUGAUACUUUUCUUUCAAAAAGAUCUAAUAAAAAGCUAUUUCUCUGUCUAAUUGUUCCUCUUCCUUCCCUGUAUAUAGGAAGGUUGAAGAUGAAGAAGUUAACAAAGACCAAAUCUUGCUGGAAAAGGAAGCUGAAGUAAGGAUUUUAUUUUUACUUAAAAUACAUCUAAUACCUCACAAUUGAUGUUUUUCUUUUAUUUCCGUGUUCUCUUGAGGGGACAAAGGCAGUCACACUUCCAUUGAAGCCCAGAUAUAUAUUACCCAUGCAAGACAUAUCUGGUUCUCUGCCCCGACAUAUCUUGCCAGAGGGUUGGGGAAUGCUCUGUCAGAAGAGAAGGUUAACUGGUGCCUCAAAGUCCAGUAAAUCUUGUACUUUGUCCAGUGCUUACUGUGCACUACACUUCGUUUAGUGGUGAAACAAGCGCAAAUAAUCAAUCUUAACUAUGGUUUGUUGGAGGGGGAAAAACUUCAGUUGAUGAAACUAGCUUAUUUCAGCUAACCACUGCUAAAAUUAACUUCAGUUAAGGGUUCAAAUGCCAUGCUCAGCUGUAGUUAAUAUGGAGCACAAAAAGAAUCUUCCAAUCUCCCUUUGGCCAAGCCAGAGGUGAAGUGGGAGGAUAAUUAGUCUGGAGUUCACUGCAGCUCAUUCUCAUUAUUCUAAACCAUGGCCUAGUGUACUGUUUGAGCAUAGCUAUUCUGUCUAGCAAUUUUCAUUUUAGAAUGUCCAUGGCUAAAAACUGCAAGUUUCCCAUCUUGGUCCUUUAAUGCUAAAUUAAAUAUUCAUUUUAUUUGUGCACUCUGUGCAGACACACACAUUAGAAAUUGCGAUUCCAAAAAACAUAAAUGAAACCUUUAUCGUUGCCGCUUUAAUAGAAAUUGCAGCCGCAAGCUUUCAUUUGUACGUUUCAAAUUAACUAAGGCUGUGGUCCUAUGUACAUUUAAUUGUGAUUAAAUACCACUGAGUUCAGUGGAUUUUAAUCAUUUGGCUACCUGUUAAAUGCAUGCUUUUUAUUUUUUGAGACUACUUUGAGUACCAUAGUCUGUUGUAAUGAGGAAGGAAGAAGAAGGCAGUUUCUUAUACUCACUUUUGCAAAACAACAACAUCUGCAGAAGAGCCAUAUUUUCAGAAUAAAAACACGGUAAAGAUUGUAUCAUUUUCUUCUAGCUCCGUCGGAUGCAAGAGAUGAUUGCAAGAAUGCAGGCACAGAUGCAGAUGCAGAGGCAUGGUGGAGAAGGAGACAGUGAUGGCAUCCAUGGGCACAAAGUUUAAAUUAUUUGGUAAGAAACAUUUUAAUAGAAAAGCCAUUAUCUGUAAAAUACUGCUAUGCAAGAAAAGCAGGGUUGUGUGUCUUAAAUACACAUUUUGACUUCUGGAUCGGUCUUUGUGUAGUACUUUCUACAUGCUUGUGUUGGUGUGCUAUCCCUGCUCUAGACAAAGCCUAUGUAGUGCCCUCCAUAUGUUGUUAAACUGCAGUUCCCAUCAUUCCUGAUCAUUGGCCAUGCUGACUGAAGCUGGUGAUGGUUACAAUCCAGCAGCACCUGGAUAGCCCCCAUAGGCUGCAGUGUCAGAAAUGUGGUAAUUCUAAGUUAGCCUUGCAAAUUUUGCAGGGCUGCACAUGCCACUACCCAUUGUGCCCUACAUGGAAUCGGACCUUUAAGACCAGGAAGAGAGAAAACAUGGAGGCACCUUAGUACUGUGCCCUCGUUUCCCCAACUUGGAAAUGUUGUCAGAGCUGUGGAGGGGAGAGAAGCCUUUUCAGUCCCGGGGGCCUCAUUCCUUUGCAGGGAACCUCCUGGGGGUUGUGUUCUAGUAGUAGGGAGAGACAGAGGUAAAAGAGGAGUUCAGCAAUAGAAAUGACUCUCUUACCUUUAAUACAUUUAAUGGAAGUGAAGAAAGUCUUUGGCUUUGAGGCAAUGGAGAUAUGUUGUGCUGAAUAUGUAGUAAUGGAACAACCCACGUUACUUUUCUUUUACAACACAGGGAGAAGGAGAUUUAAACCCCUGUACUAUAGACUAAAUGGGGGCAGUUUAUUUUUCUACCUCCACUUAAGACACACAACUUCAUGCAUCUACUUAACAAGUCAUCAUGAAGCAACUGGAGGGUGAAAGAAGGAAGAAGAAUCAAAUAGUUAAUCAAGGGAAUUGGGCGGGGGGGGGGGUAGGACAAAAGCUAAAAUAGGGUUGAUAGCCACAGUUUUAGUCUUAUUAAAAAAUUGGUUCACUCAAGCAGGAAUAGUGAAAAUGGUGGAAGAAACCUGCCUGACAGGAAUUUACAUGGUAAAAGAGUUUACAUGUACUAUAGCUUACAACUUUUUAGUAGAGAACUAUAGUGGUGUCACUUUGAUGGCAUAAAGCACAGAUUUAACAUACAUGCCACUCUUACUUUUUAAAAGCAAUAUUUGUAGCAAGAGUCUUAUUUUGAGCAUUGCUGCUCCAUAGAUUCAUGGCUGAGAAGCUGUUUCAAAAUUCGUACUGGCACUACAGCUCAAUUUCAAAACGUAAAGGUAAAUUAAAUAACAGUUGUGCCUUUCAAUAUUUUCAUUUUGGCAGAUACCUUCAUGAAUUGGAGCCAUUUAAGACUUGUGACACAGUGACGUAUUUUGUGAGGAGAGAUGCUUAUCCUGCUGUGACUUGGGAGGUCCAUUCACAUUCAGUGUGCAACUGUAUUGUCAUUUCUGUAAUGCCUCAUUUGAAAACAACUUAAGACAUAGUCAAUAUUUUAAUGUUAUGGUGUAACGUGAUAGUUUUUUUAACUUUUUAACUUUUACUGAGCUGAUUUUACUACACUGGCUACAAAGAUAUAUAUACUUCCUAGCUAAUAUUUUUCAUCUGAAUAUGGAUUACUACCACUAUUUGGGUUUGUUUUUUGCACUGAAGGAAUCAACUGAUCAUGAUAACAAUCCUGAGGUCCAAAGUCCGCAUAUGAGCUUUGAAUUUCCUCCACAGCCUUCCCUGAUACCCUAGUGUGGCUAAUGUGCAUACAGUUUUAAGACUACUUUAAACCACCAUCCCCACAAGUAUCAUAUGGUUUUUAAUGCUCACAUGAAAGAUCAGUGCUGGGAGCUUUUGCUGGAGAAGACUGUGACUAAAGCCUUGAGUGAACUUUUGGUCCCUGGGAUGCAGUUCUUUGCAUGUAGUUGAUCCAGUAACAAUGUAAGUGACAAAAUGGAAUUCUUCAGUGCCAUUUUUUCUUAUAUUUAGUAGCAUAUAGAACUCUGUGCCUGUAUCACUCCUGCACUGCCCUACCUUUCUAAGGUUUAUAGUCAUUUUUUCAAGUAACUACCGCACAUGAACCUUUUGUGUUUUUAUCUAAGAAAAACCAUUAUAGUUUUUAAAGGCAUUGUGCAGUUUAGAAAGCAAAUCUUAUAAUAUUUCAGGGACUUUGUCUUUAAAAAGGUCAAAUAUUUUUAAAAGUAGCAUGAUAGACCAGUCUUGGGCACAUACUCUGUAAGUGAAGGGAGAGCCAGGAUGCCAUAGUCAGGAGAAUGGCUGCUGCUGGUAGCCUCUUUAUCUGCAGCCCCAAAAUGUCCAUGCAUGGGCAUUUGCACUGUGCUUGAAAACAAACACAUCCUUUUAGUCUUCAUCUUAAGGAACAACAGGAACUCUGGGGUGAAUCUGUAGGUUGUGUGCUGACAUCCUGCUCUUGGUUGCUUUCACACCCCUAUUCUGAUAAUCUGAUAUGUUUCAUGUCCUUAUACUGUAAUUUGACAGAGUGUUAAGGAGAACAGAGGAAAGCUAUUGUUCUUGCAUGGGUCUGCAGAUAAUGACAGAUCAAGCUGAAGAUGUACAUACAGAGUAAGCCUAAAAACUUGCUGGUCCCAGCAAGUAGCAAUAAUUUUGAUUAUUAAAAGUAAAGCAGGGAAAUACCCCAUGUGAACUUGGUGGCUUAUUUUGACAAUUCUGCAGAAAUAGAUAUUUGCAGUUAAAAAAAUGAAGUGAUCCUGCUUAAUCAUUAAAUUGCAUUUCCCCUUUAUCCUAGAGGUAAGAUAAGAAAAUGCUUGUUCUUGAAGCAAGGCUUCAUUUACUUGGUUUUUGGUAACGGUAACAAGAUCUUACUCUCAGCUUAGUUUUUAUUGCCAUAAGUGAAGGAACAUUCAAAUUGAAAAAUGUAUGCAGGAGAGGUGCAAAAGGGAAAAAUCUCAUAGUAUGCUACUGGCUUUCUUUAAAAAACAACAACAAAAAACAGCCUGUUUUUGGCUCUAUUUGACAUACUGCUCAAUUCAGCCAUUGCUAUUGCAGCAUAUAUUGUUACUAAACAGUACACCCAGUGCCAAAAGGCUGAAUGUGGAUAUUGCCAUGUAAUUCUGACACUAUUUCUGAUCAUUAUAUAUAAUUUCCCUUUAACUCUUAUUUGUUACCAUGUUAUCUAAACUGUUACUUAAAACUCCACAUAAACAAGUUAAAAUCCCAGAUCAUAAUAAUAGGAUUUGUUACAAAUAUAAUUUGUAAGAAAGGUAAGAGAAAUGUAGAAGCCUAGGGCUAAACCCAGAGCAGCCCUACAUGCAAGGGGCUGUGUGGCAGAGGACUCCACAUAGAGGUGAAGACAUUUUUGCUGAUUUCUCCCCUUCCUACAGCCUUCCAUGCCACCGCCUAUGUUCUAGAGCCCCUCCCACCAACUCUUCAGAGUAGAUGUUCAGAUUGUAGAUAGGAGGAGGUGAAGGGGGAAUUGGUGCAAAUUGCCACCCCCGCUCUCCCCCGACCCUUCCUUUCCCCCUGGAAUUUGUUAGUGCCAUUCCAAGGUUUGGGUCUAACCCAGAAUGUACAUGUCCUAAGUAGAAUCAACAAAACCUGUUUAAAAAUAUUCUAGGAAACUGUUUUUACUAAAAUGUGAUCAUAAUGAAACAAAGUUUAGUUUGGUAUCGCUUUUUAUCCUCCUUUCCUCUUCCAAAGUUGCAACUAAAGUCUCUUUGUGUCCCAUAGAGCAUGGUUGUAUUAUAUAUGCUUACAUAAAUAUUAUUGGGGUUAAAUUAUUCUACUUAUUUUGAACACACUUCAAGGGACUUUAUUUUGCCAAGAACAUGUUCACACAAUAUCCGUGUUUUAUAUAAGAAGUUACUACAAUAAUAAACCAUACAGCACUGAGAUGGUCAUUUUUCAGUAUUAGAAACGUUGUGAAAAUGUAGUGUGUGCCAAAUAACUAGUAUAAACCUAACAUUUUAUUAUAAAUACCUUGUUUUCAUUAAAUAAUCUAUGAAAUUCUUCCAUAUGUUCAUCUGCAUGUGUUUGUUGGUUGCUUUGAUUAGAACCUCGUUACAUAUUAAUGUUUUACCUGUGGAAUUGUAUUUUGAAACGUCUUGGCUUUUUAUGAUCACUUGUAACCUUCCAAACUGCUAAAUUUUAGUUACUAAAUAGUUACAAAAAUUCUUGUUUGAUUUUUUUUUUAUUAAAAGUUGAGUAUCUUUAGAGAUGUGACUGUUUUGAAGCAAGCUUAAAAAAUUCAGUCUGCAGAACUUCAGAACCCAUUUCUUCAAGAAAAGUAACAAACAUAGUUACAAUUUUACAAGUAUAUUAUUAGACUUUUUAUUGAUUUUUCUAAAAUAUUUGAAUAUUCCAAGGGCUAAUUUUUGUAUGACAAUAUUAACAUAUAAUUUUUUCCUGUACACUUUAACACUAGCCAAGACUAUUAAUAAAAAUAAUAAAUCAUAAUGCGUGUGUCUGCUUAAUUCAUUGGAUAAGUUAAGAAUGAACAAAUGCUUGUAUGAAACAUGUAAAAUUGUUUUGCUGCUUAAGAUAAAGCUUGUCUAAAUAGCUUUGUGAGUGUGUGAAAUAAAAUAACUUGUGUUCAGU